CAUACAUGACGAUACAUGACGCCCAAACCUGGAGGUACAAAAGGACGUGCUUGGAGCGGUGAUUUACCAGACAAUCAAACCAAACUCGACUUUAAUCCUCUUUCGAACAGCCAAGUUGAUCAAUAUGACUAUCUCGCUCAUCAGCAUCAUCUCCUCAGCUCGUCCAGUCGACAUCGCACUUCUCUCGCUCUUCACCUUCAUCCUCCUCAAGGCCAUCAGCACCACCCGCAAGCGCGUUGCGACAACCAAGCUCAAGGGUCCUCCGAGCGACAGCCUCCUCUACGGCGUCGCCCGCACCAUUGAGGACGCCGAGGACUCCGCAGUCGUAUACGAGACCUGGGAGCGCGCGUACGGCGCCGUGUACCGCGCUCCCUUCCCGCUCGGCUUGCACAGGAUUUUCCUGGGCGAUCCGCGAGCGCUCGCGCAUAUGUGGGCGAGGGACACGACCGCAUACGCUACUCCGCUGGGGAUCAGGAAGAUGUUGAUGGGCAUUAUGGGCAAAGGUUUGCUCUAUUCUCAUGGCGAGGAGCACAGGAGACAACGCAAGGCCCUGAGCCCGGCGUUCAGUCAUUCAGCACUGCGGAAGUUAACCCAUAUCUUUUAUGACUCGACUUAUAAGGUUACUAACUCAUGGAAUGAUAUCUUAGAGAAGUCAGGCGACGGGACCAUUGUAGAAGUUCAGCGAUGGAUGGGAUUCAUUGCCUUGGACUCCAUCGGCCUCGGGGGCUUCUCGCACGACUUCAAAGCCACCUCCGACCCCUCGCACACGUCCGAAACAGCAGCUAUAUUCCAUGCGAUCGGCGAGAACCCCGGCAAGUAUAUAUACAGGCUGUUAAUGAUGCUCAGCUACCCGUUCCCGUGGGCCAUGGAUCUGCCCAUCGAGCAGAACGAGCUCGGCUGGCGUCUGAACAAGGUCAUGGCCGAGAUAGUCAAGCCAUUGUUCGAGAAGGCGAAGGCAGAAAAGGAGAGCGUGGAAGAGAAGUCCGCAAUUGGGCUUCUUAUCAAAGCCGAGGCGGCAAACCCGGCGUCGCGUCUCACCGAGCAAGAAAUUAUAGACGAGAUGAGAACCCUCCUUUUCGCUGGAUACGAGACAAGCUCGAUCAGUUUAAGCUGGGCCCUUGUAGAGCUAUCCAAAGAUCAGGACAACCAGCGCAAGCUUCGUCAGGAACUUGAACAGUUCAACGGGACGGACCCGUCGUACGACGAUCUGACCAACGGUUUGCCAAUCCUCGAUGCAGUGGUGCACGAAGUACUCCGCCUGCACCCUCCGCUUCCCGAAGUGACGCGUGUCGUAUGUUCUUUAUCGCGCUAUCUACUUGCGUUACCGGCUGCACUCAACCUCUGUUUUCUGUUGAUUCAGGCCCUUCAAGACGACAUUAUUCCCCUUGGAGAACCCAUCGUCGACGCUAGCGGCAACACCAUCUCCAACGUCACCGUCGCAAAGGGCACGCUCGUCACCACGUCCAUGCAGUACCUCAACCGUUCCGAGAAGUUCUGGGGCCCAGAUGCCAAAGAGUUCAAGCCGGAGCGUUGGCUGCAGGAAGGCGGACCGCAGUACAAGGCGCGAGAACUGCAGGGCCACAGGCACCUCUGGACGUUCAACGAAGGGCCGAGGACAUGUUUGGGAAAGAAUUUUGCGCUAGCCGAGUUUAAGGCCGCGCUAUCGGUGCUUGUGCGAAACUUUGCCUUUGAGCUUCGCAGCCCCAAGGACAGGGUAGUUACCUCGGCCGAUAACGUGGUUCGCCCCAAGAUCUUCGGGGAGCAUGGUGUCGACGUCCCCCUCCGCGUAUCCCGUCUUCAUUGAUGACAGCAAGGCGAUAAUGGACCGAGUUUGAAAAGGGAACACAAGUUUGAGUAACGGACUGGAAUACAUCAAUAGAGCCUCUAAUAUAUG